AUGAGUACCCUGGCGCGGCCGCACCCCCUGGGGCCGCUGGGCCGCGCCAGGCCGAGCGCCACGACUGCCACCACUGCCGUGGCCGCUACACGCAGCCGCCGCCCCGCCGGCGGCGCAGGCAUGCGGCGAGGCGGCAGGCCCAAGCAGGAGGGCUUGCCGCCGGUGCUGAUGCCGCUCCCUUCAAGUGACCCGGCAUUCGCCGACGCGCAGCAGCAGCACGAGCAGCAGCAACGGGAGCAUGCACAGGAGCGUGCCAAACUCUUCGACAUGAACGGGGAGGGGUCGGGCAUGAUGCGUCCGCCGCAGCGCCGCCGCGCCCCUGCGCCAGACGCGGCCCCACAGGGCGAGGCCGCCUCAAACCCCGCCCCCGCUAAGCGUGCCCGUGCGCAGCGGCCCCUCGGGGCGGCGGCGGACGAGGUGGCACGCAUGUAUAAAGAGCAGGAGCGCCGCAGCCGCGCUGGGCAGCCGGGGCAGCGCCAGCAGCGCCAGGGGCGCCAGCAGAAGCAGCAGGAGCAGCGCCAGCGGCGCGCGCGGAUGCUGGUGGCCACGCCCAGCACGACCCAGGGGGAACUCGCGGCGGCUGUGGUAUCCAUGAUGGACUUUUGGCCGUCGGCCCGCCUGGCCGCGCCUGACCAGAACAUAGAGCUGGCGCUGCACUCGCUGCAGUUUGCCAGCUCCAUGCUUGCACGCAACCGCAGCGGCAAGUGGCACGAGCCGCAGGCCAUCAGCUUCCAGGUGGAACCCCUGGCAGACGCCAGCGUCGCAUGGCAGCAGCAGCAGCAGCAGCAGCAGGAGAAGCAGGAGCAGCAGCAGCAGGAGCAGGAGCAGGAGCAGGAGGACGGAAAGCGGCCGCAGGAAACGCAGGGGCAGCAGGCGGAGGGGGCGCAGCAGCAAAGCGGAGCCGCCACUGAUGACGGUCAAAUGGUGGCUGCAGUUGUCAGCAGCGAGGACCAGCAGCAGCAGCAGCAGCAGCAGCAGCAGGAGGAGCAGCAGCAGCAAGAAGACGAGACAGUUGGGGUUGACUUGGAGGUUGGGUCACCUGCUGCCGCUGCCGCUGCCGCUGCCGCUGAUGCUGUACCCUCAUCAGCGGGCCUGCUCUUCCGCCUGCACCGCGUGCCCGCGGCGGCGGCACGGCUGCACGCCGACGGCUCGCCGCCGUUCAGCGUCCGCCACACCGACGACCCCGCCGCCCGCGGCGCCGAGCUGGCGCGGGCGCUGCUGGCCGGGCUCGAGGGCGGCCGCACGACGGUGGUGCUCAAAUGCGUCGGCCGCAGCGCGAUGCCCAACGCAGCCAAGGCCCUCCUGACGGCGCACAGCGCGCUGCGCGCCGCCGGCCACGACCUGGUUGCGGUCUGCGACCUCCGCAGCGAGCCCGCCGCUGGCAGCCGCGGCAGCGCCUGGCGCUGGCGCUUCCUGGCGGCAUGCUGCCCCGCGGAGGGCGCGGACGAACGGGCGCGGACGACGCCCUACGCCAUGGCUGGGGCAAUGGAGGCCGGCGCUGAGGAGGCCGAUUUGGCGACGGAGUGA